AAAUUUUUAAAAAAAAAAAAAAAAAAAAGAGAGAAAAGCCUUUCUUCAGUCUGGUUUCAUCUAUCUCCUCAAGUUGCCGGACACGAAGCAAAGAGAGAAGAAAGACCCAAAAGCGGCAGCGAACUGAACCAGAAACUGUAACUUGCAACUGCCACCAGUGGAUAUUGAAUCUGCUAGGAGUCCCAGUAAGGGGAAGUAAGCUUAUUUGUGAUACUCUGAAACAGAAGAUUUUCUGAGACAGAUCUGCUUGUCGGUUAAUUAACACAGGUGCCUUGAUCAUUUUUCUUUUCCUGAAGAUGAUCAUUCACUAGCGACUGUCAAAGGAUUUUCAUUUCAAUAAUAUUAUCCUAUCAACAUAACAUCCUUUCUUCUUGACAUUGGUGGAGGUGUUAUCUGGUGGCAGUGUUUAAAUGAUAGCAUUUUGGGACCAUUGUUAAUUCCAUAUAAAGCAUGACAAAAAAGAUUUGAAUCAUGUGACUUUGCUGCUUCUUGUGCUGGUGGAUAAAUGGCUGAUCAUGCUUUAACUGUACAAGAUGCUUCUCUUACUGUGGUAGAUCAUGUAUUAGCUAUAGGGCAAGAAUUUCCUGAUGUUGAAACUUGCCGUAGAACGUUGAAGGAUAUUGCUAUAGCACUGCAUUUUGAUCUUCGAAUAGUGAAAUCAGAUCGCAGCCGUUUCAUAGCCAAGUGUUCCAAAGAGGGUUGUCCAUGGCGUGUUCAUGUAGCAAAAUGUUCUGGAGUUCCAACCUUUACAAUUAGAACCUUGCAUGGAGAACAUACUUGUGAAGGAGUUCGCAACCUUCACCACCAGCAGGCAUCAGUGGGGUGGGUUGCUAGAUCUGUAGAAGCACGUAUUCGAGAUAAUCCUCAAUAUAAACCGAAGGAAAUCCUUCAGGAUAUUCGUGAUCAACAUGGUGUUGCUGUUUCUUACAUGCAAGCUUGGCGUGGAAAGGAGCGUAGUAUGGCCGCCCUUCAUGGAACUUUUGAAGAGGGGUAUCGCCUUCUUCCUGAAUAUUGUGAGCAAUUAAGGAAAACCAAUCCAGGAAGCAUUGCUUCGGUUUUUGCUACAGGACAAGAAAAUUGCUUCCAACGCCUCUUUAUUUCUUAUCGUGCAUCAAUCUCUGGGUUUAUUCAUGCAUGUAGACCACUUCUAGAGCUUGAUAAAGCACAUCUUAAGGGGAAAUACUUGGGUACAGUACUUUGUGCUGCAGCAGUUGAUGCUGAUGAUGCUUUGUUUCCUUUAGCAAUAGCUAUUGUUGAUGUGGAAAGUGAUGAAAACUGGAUGUGGUUCAUGUCAGAAUUGCGAAAGCUUCUUGGAGUGAACACUGAAAGCAUGCCUAGACUUACUAUUCUAUCUGAAAGACAAAGAGGCAUUGUAGAGGCAGUAGAAACACAUUUUCCAAGUGCUUUCCAUGGUUUUUGUCUGCGUUGUGUUAGUGAAAAUUUCCGUGACACAUUUAAGAACACAAAGUUGGUGAAUAUAUUUUGGAAUGCUGUUUAUGCCCUCACUGCAGUUGAAUUUGAGAGCAAGAUUGCUGAGAUGGUCGAGAUCUCACAAGAUGUCCUACAGUGGUUCCAACACUUUCCUCCCCAACUGUGGGCGGUAGCAUAUUUUGAGGGUGUGAGAUAUGGCCAUUUCACAUUGGGGGUCACAGAAUUGUUGUAUAAUUGGGCCCUUGAGUGUCAUGAGCUUCCUAUUGUGCAAAUGAUGGAGCAUAUUCGCCUUCAAUUGACAUCUUGGUUUGAUGAUCGGCGAGCUAUGGGCAUGAGGUGGACCUCAAUUCUUGUACCAUCUGCUGAGAAGCGAAUUCUAGAGGCCAUUGCGGAUGCUCAUUGCUAUCAAGUUCUAAGAGCAAAUGAGGUUGAGUUUGAGAUUGUAUCGACUGAGAGGACAAAUAUUGUUGACAUAAGAACUCGUAUAUGUUCUUGUCGGCGUUGGCAGUUAUAUGGUUUACCUUGUGCACAUGCUGCUGCUGCUCUAAUUUCUUGCGGGCACAAUGUACAUCUAUUUGCCGAGCCUUGUUUCACAGUAGAAAAUUACCGAGAGACCUAUUCCCAGUUGAUAAAUCCUAUUCCAGAGAAGAAUCUAUGGAGGGAAGUUGGUGAGGGGACAGAAGGUGGAAGUGCCAAGGUUGAUAUAGCAAUACGUCCACCCAAGACUCGGCGACCGCCCGGUAGACCCAAGAAGAAGGUCCCCCGUGUAGAAAACUUCAAACGCCCAAAAAGAGUAGUUCAAUGUGGUCGCUGCCAUAUGUUAGGACAUUCUCAAAAGAAAUGCACAAUGCCAAUUUAAAUAGAAUUAGCUUGUUAAAAAUCUUUUCUUUUUUUCCUUUUUGCCCUUUUGAACUUUCAUUAUUCUUAUAUGCAAUAGAGUCGAUGGUGUGCUUGUAAUUUUAGUGUAUUCUAACUAAUUAGUUGCAAAAUAAGGAUUCAAUCCUUUUUGGCAGAGUUCGUUUUUAUCUUUGGCCAUGUACAGUUUCGGUGGCUAGAUUUACUUUUUUGGAUCUCCGUCAAAACUCAACUUAAUACUCUUAUUAUAUCGGAAAAUAUCUUUCGAUAGUUUGUUUCUCUUCUUA